UAAAAGCCCUUUAAUAUAUUUUAAGAUUUUUGGACGGGCUCAAAUUUGAAUUUUUAUAUUUGCCGCGGCAGAGGUUGUUUGAAGAAAGUGACUCCCGUGUAUUCUAUGUAAUUACUAGUUAAAGACCCAGGAGAGUUUGGAGUUGACUCGCUUCAGAUCUCUUGAUUCAUGACAACUACCGUCAAAUGCAAAGAACAUUUUAUAUAUUCAUAAUGCAUCUUCUUCAGCCGCUGAGGCUUUUGAUGCAGCAAAACAGAGUUGAGUUUCUUAGCUACUCUUCUCUCUACCUUUUCAUAUCCUUACAUCCUCAUCCAAAGCCAGAUCAGUUAACCGAGACAUGUUUUUCCUUAAGCCAACUUUCCUGAGAGGAUUAUCCGGUUCAAUACACCUGCUCUUGCUGCUGGGGUUGUUUUCCUCCCUUAUGAGGAAAAAGUUCUGGUUGCGCGAUCCUGGUGAUGGUUCUGCGGAAAGUUUUUCAGGCAAGCACAAGAAGAGGUGUUUUUAUCACAACAUGAGCGUGCUCUGCUCUCUUGGUCUUUCAUCGUUCAACUUAUUGUUGACCUUAUACAGUUAUUUCAGCUGGUCCUGGAAUGGGAUAUCUGAGGAUGAUGAUAUGGUGACGACCCUUUUCGAUUUAGCACUCAGAGCUUGCUCUUGGGGUGCGCUUGCCGCUUUUCUGCACACCCAAGUUUCAGAUUCAGCAGAAACAAAGUUUCCUCUUCCCUUGAGGAUAUGGUGGGGGUUCUAUCUCUCAAUUUCCUGUUAUUGCUUUGUCGUUGAGCUUGUCAUGUACAAUCAACUCCAUGCCGCUGCCCAGAUUCUGCAUUUGGUUUCUGAUGCAGUCUCUGUGUUGGUCGGUCUGUUUCUCUGUUAUGCGGGGGUUUUCAGAUAUAGAAAUGACAAUACACUUCUUGAAGAGCCUUUCUUGCAUCACGAUGAGUCGAGUGCGGAGGCAGAAAAAUCGACAGGGGACGACAUUGUCACUCCCUUUUCAUCUGCUGGUGUUUGGGGCAUUGUUUCUUUCUCUUGGAUCGGUUCUCUGGUAGCUCUUGGGUAUAAGAAAGCAUUAGAGGUUGAGGAUGUUCCUCGGCUUAAUAAAGAUGACAGUGUCUUCGGGGCAUUCCCAUCUCUUAAGGAGAGGAUUGUUGAAUCUGAUGGGGGCACUACUAUCACAGCUUUCAAGCUUGCCAAGGCAUUGUUCCUCUCAGCUUGGAAAGAGAUUCUGUUGAUAGCUUGUCUGAGCUUGUUGAGCACGGCAACGUCUUAUGUUUUGUAUCUCAUGAUUAUUUACCUUGUACCUCUGGAUGAGGGAGGGGAAUUCACGCAUCAAGGGUAUAUCUUCUUCCCCAUACUGUUUCUGGUCGGAAAGGUUGUCGACUUCCUGGUGCAAAGCCAAGUGCAGUUUAGGUUGCAACGCAUUAGUAUUAGGGCACGUUCAACGCUGGUCACAAUGAUCUACAACAAGGGCUUGACCCUCUCGUAUCAGUCGAAGCAUAGCGGGGAAAUAAUCAAUGUGGUGACAGUGGAUGCCGAGAGAAUCAGUGACUUGAUUGGGUACUUUUAUAACCUGUGGUUUGGUAUCUUGAAUAUUGUUUCAGCCUUGUCCGUACUAUACACAGUAUUGGGAUUUGCAUCUAUAUUAGUUUUCGCUACGAUUGUGGUUAUAAUGAGGAUGGGUUUCUGUUUGCUAAGAUGGCAGAAGACUUAUCAGGAAAAGGUGAUGGAAUCAAAACAGGACAGAAUGAAAGAAACAUCUGAGACGUUAAGGAACAUGAGAGUUCUGAAGCUGCAGGCAUGGGAAAUGAAGUUUCUGGACAAGAUCAUCGGCCUGCGGAAGGCGGAGACUGUAUGGUUGAGAAGAUCUGCUUUCUCUUCUGCUUUCAUUAGUUUUUACUUCUCGGCUGCCUCUACUUCUGUUGCUGUGGCUACAUUCGCUUUGUAUAUGCCUUUGGACAUCCCACUAGAUUCUGGGGCUAUGCUAGCAACGCUAGCAACUUUGUCGAGCCUUCAAGGUCCCAUCUAUGAGCUCCCAAAAUCCAUUUCCAUGUUGUUUCAAGUAAAGGUUUCAUUUGAUCGAAUUGUAGGCUACCUUAGUCUUGACGACCUGCCGGAUGAUGCCGUGACGAGGCUUAAAGGAGGGGCUUCUGAUACUGCGAUCGAGAUCGUUGAUGGGAGUUUCGCUUGGGAUUCAUCUUCACCAAACCCCACGUUGAGAGAUGUAAACCUGAAGGUGUACCGUGGGAUGAAGGUUGCUGUUUGCGGUACUGUUGGUUCAGGCAAAUCAAGUUUGCUCUCCUGCAUUCUGGGAGAGGUGCCAAAGAUCUCUGGCUCUGUCGUGCUCUGUGGGACAAAAGCUUAUGUUGAUCAGUCACCUUGGAUCCAGAGUGGCAAUAUCGAGGACAACAUUUUGUUGGGACUAGAGAUGGACCAAUACAAGUAUGAUCGAGUACUCGAAGCUUGUGCACUGAAGAAAGACCUGGAGAUGUUGCCAUUUGGUGAUCAAACAGAGAUUGGUGAGAGAGGUGUCAAUUUGAGUGAAGGACAAAAGCAGAGGAUUCAGAUUGCUCGUGCCCUCUACCAAGAUGCUGACAUCUACCUGUUUGAUGACCCUUUCAGUGCUGAGGAUGUUCAUACUGGAUCACAUUUGUAUAAGGAAGUUUUGCUUGGUCAUUUGAGCGUCAAAACUGUGGUUUACGUCACUCAUCAAGUUGAAUUCUUGUCCGCCGCAGAUCUAAUCUUGAAAACUCCAAUUGUACGACUUGGUCAGGUCAUGAAAGAUGGAAGGAUAACUCAGAGUGGAAAGUACAGUGACAUUUGCCAGAGUUCAGGGCCUGAUUUCGGGCAACUUUUUGGUGCACAUAUGGUGAUUUUGUCAGCAAUAAACGAAUGGAAAGCUUUCGAAAGUGCGGUAGGAAGUAGGAGUAAGGAAAUCGCUGAGACGAGCAGCAGCAACCAGACUGAGCAGAGAGAAGGAAGCAAGGUUUUGGAGAAUGUGAUUCAGCUUGUUCAGCAAGAAGAGAGGAAGAAAGGAAGGGUUGGGUUCUCUCUCUACUGGAAGUAUCUCAGCAUGGCGUCUGCUGGUGCCAUUGUCAUAGCUGCAGAGAUAGUUUUCCAGCUGCUCCAGUAUGGCAACAAGAAGCUGCUGGUUCGGGCAACUGAAGCAUCAGAGCAGGAAGAGCCUCCUUACCGUGCGCUCAAGCUGAUAUUUGUUUACGUGGUUUUGACCACCGCGGGCUUUGCUUGCCAGGUAGCCAAAACCACCGUUCUUACGGUUACAGCAUAUGAAACUGCUACUCUGCUCUUCAACAAGAUGCACCAGUGUAUUUUCAGUGCUCCCAUGUCGUUUUUGGACUCAACCCCUACGGGGAGAAUUCUAGGCCGUGCGUCUACGGAUCAAAGUGACGUUGAUCAGAAAAUUCUAGGCCAAAUGCACAAAACUGCCUCUUCGAUAAUCCAACUUCUGAUAGCCAUUAAAGCAAUGUCUCAGGCCGCGUGGCAAGUUCUUUUUGUAUUGAUUCCUUAUAUUGCUAUCAGCUUCUUCUAUCAGCAAUACUACAUACAAGCAGCACGGCAGCUUUCACGGCUGGUAGGAGUGUGCAGGGCUCCAGUUAUCCAACAUUUUGCUGAUACAGUAUCUGGAAGGAUAACGAUAAGGAGCUUUGAUCAACAACCAAGAUUCCGAGAGACAGCUAUGAGACUUACAGAUGUAUAUUCCCGCUCCAAGUUUCAUAACGCUGCCACAAUGGAAUGGCUCCGUGUUCGCCUUAAUUUUUUCUCGUCUAUCGUAUGUGCUAUGUCUUUGUUUCUCAUUGUCACUUUCCCUGACAAAGAUCCAUCUGUUACUCGUGUAGCCUGGAUGUAUGGAAUCAACAUAUACUGGCUUCAAGAGUGGUUGUGGCAGAUUAGUGAUGUCGAGAACAUAAUUGUAUCAGUGGAGCGAAUUCUUCAGUACACUGCUAUUCCCAGUGAGGAUUCUCUGGUAGUAGAAGAGAAGCAACCAGAUCCUUCUUGGCCAUCACAAGGACAAAUUGAUAUUAGUAGCCUACAGGUUCGAUAUGCCCCACAUUUGCCCAUUGUGCUGAGAGGUCUUACCUGCACAUUUGAAGGAGGAAAGAAAACAGGAAUUGUGGGCAGAACGGGAAGUGGUAAAUCAACCCUUAUACAGACACUUUUCAGGAUCGUGGAACCAACAGCUGGGCGUAUUACGAUUGAUGGUGUCAAUAUCUCAGCAAUGGUACUCCAUAAUUUGCGUUCAAAGCUCAGCAUUAUACCUCAAGAUCCAACCAUGUUUGAAGGGACUGUAAGAGAGAACCUGGACCCUCUUGGGCAAUACCCUGAUGAACAGAUUUGGGAGGCUCUGGAUAAGUGCCAACUUGGAGAUGAAGUUAGGAAGAAGGAGAAAAAGCUGGAUUCUGCCGUGACUGAGAAUGGAGAGAACUGGAGUAUGGGGCAGAGACAGCUAGUCUGUCUUGGCCGUGUUCUGUUGAAAAAGAGCAAAGUGUUGGUUCUGGAUGAAGCUACUGCCUCAGUAGAUACAGCCACUGAUAAUCUGAUUCAGCAAACACUAAGGCAACACUUCUCCGAUUGCACGAUUAUCACCAUUGCCCAUCGAAUAACGUCUGUUCUUGAUAGUGACAUGGUUCUUCUGCUCAGUCACGGCUUGAUUGAGGAAUAUGAUACAACAGCAAGAUUGUUGGAGAACGAGUCGUCCUCGUUUGCUCAACUUGUAGCGGAGUACAGUGAGAGGUCGAAAGAACAGUAUUGACCCAACCAAAGCUGCUUACAAGACCAUCUACUGACUGCAGAUAGCCAUAAGUUGUGCCUGCUCUGCUGGUGAUGAUGAUGAUGAAAAUGUUGGUAAUGCUGUAGUAAUGAAGGGGAGAGUUUUGGGAGUUACGGUUAGGCAAGAGUUUCUUCCCACUUAAGUUGCUGCAUCUUAAGAUGUUGCAGCUUUUAUCUAUAUCCUUGUGAAACACUGAAUAACAUGCUUGACAACUAUUUCGAGUUAUUUCCCUCCCCUCUUUUCGCCCUGGUUAAACCUUGGACAACCUGACAGAUCUGGCGGACAAACUAAUUUAAAUUUUGGCCUAUCUUGACAGAUUCUGGUGG